CAGACUUUUCCGCAACCACCAUCCUUCCUGCCUGCCUUCCCUGCUGCAUCUCGACUCGGCGCACGCUCACUCUGGCAGUGACUGGUCAAUCCCUCGAGUGUCUCAGCAGCCGCAGGCCGCAGAUCGUGCAGCGCAACGAACAGCAGUCGUUGGCAUCUGCGACACCGCUCGAAUCCGACGCAGGGUUGAUGGUCCCAGCUCCUCUUGCGUCCUCCGCCACCUCGCCAGAGACGAGACACGCAACUUGCACCGCAUUGCCCCGGCCUGGCGCCUCUCUGCAUUACCUCGCCUGCGUGUUCGGUGCGAUAGAUUCCACGUAGGCCCCCGGCCUGCAUCUCUGCUGCACCUACAACCGCCCCCGUCGGCCGCGCUGGCCGUGCAUACACGUCUGGCAUCUUGCUUCGCCCCGUCAUCCGUCGUUCCUCCCGCUACUCCCCACAGCUGAGAUCUAUAUCCAGCAUCAUGUCGACCCUGCUCCCGUCAGCGCCGGCGCCAGACUUGUUGUUGGCCAGUCACGCCACGCCUUCGUCGAUCCGCACCCGUGCUGCUACCACGACAUCGGCCGUGCCCGCAGCCGCCACGCCCGCGCCGUCGGUGCCCAGAACGACGUCCCAUACCCGCAGUGUCUCUGGAAGCCGUCGAGAAUCACUGCCCUUUGUCUUCCGGCCGCCGCUCCACUCAAACACGUCCUCGACCUCGCUAGUCCCCAGCACAGCUGAGGGCCGGCCAAUCCCUCUCGACAACUCCACCGCGGCUCAUCGGACCAGCGCAUUGCGUGAGCUCAACCGCAGCCAGCCGUCUUCGAGACAUCGGUAUACGAGGAGCGCCGGCGCCCCCCCGAGCGUAAACAGCACGACGACUGGAACAUACUCUCAGCCUGUCCUGGUCCGGACAUAUUCCGGACCGCCCCCGUCGUCUUCCUCCUCACGACCAGCCAGUCGCAGAGCACCGCUGUCCAGCAUCUCCAUCACCUCGAGCGUCACCAAUUGGCGGCCUGGGAGGGCAGGGGCUGUUGUGAACAUGGCACGAUCUGUCAAGGGAAAGAGCAGGCCGCUGAAGCCGUCGAAAGCGGGGCUGGAUGAUGCCAAGCUGCCACCGCUCGAGGCAUUCACUUUCAAGAGCAUCAUGACGGAGAUGCAGCAGGAUAUUGGUGCCGAUCUGGACAGGAUAGCAGAGAUCUGCGCUCGAUCGAGAUAUUCGCUCAGCAACCAGUACGAAGUCCAUGUCGCUCCUCACGGCUCAGGCACGAGCUUCGCGGCCUCGGAAACGCGAUCGUCGCAGCAGCGUGGGAGCAAUGCCGGUCCAACAUUACAGGCCAUUACUAGUGACGAUGAACAGAGCUCAAGCACUAGACACCGCAGGCGCAAAGGCACGCAGCGUCGGAGAAGUGCUGCAUAUGGCACGCUCGAGACUAUCAUGAGCUCGAGCAGGUCGUCGGAUGAGGACAGGAGCAAGAAGAAGCCAGCUGCCGAGCUUGCAGAGGAGGUUCGGGGCCGUGCUGGAACGCAGGACUCGAACAGCAGCGGAAGUGCUCAGGAUGGCAGUGGUGCCACCAAUCUAUCAAGCGAGGAGCAGGCGCAAGCGCAGAGGAGGUCAAUGCGCCGCAAGUCGUCGUCUUUUGCGGCGGUCGUGAUGGACAACACACGCACUAGUCAGGGCGCUCUCGAUGCCACCUCACCUCGAUCGUCUGGGACAGCCCUAAUUAGUGAGCCUGCAAGGCCUGAGACGUCGCGGAAUCACCUUGAGAUCAGGACGUCUGCAGAGGACACUGCGGGAAUGGUAGCCUUCGGCUCGACAGAGUCGCAACAGCAGCAGCAGCAACAGCAGCGAGCUGCCCAUGAGACAACUCCGGCGCAGCCCUCUCGAGCAGUUGUGUCGGCCUCCAUGGCAUCUGCAGCGAUUUCGACCCCCGAUAGGCCUGGUGAGCCCAGUGCACGAUCGAGCCUGUUUUCAGGACUGAGCUCGUGGAUUCCCUGGAGGGCCGGUGCCGGAACAAAUGCCAACCCAGUGAGAGCUGUUACUGAAGUUGCCACUACUGACCCCAAAAGCGGACAUCGUAGUAGUGGCCAGUCCAAGAGCUAUGCUGAGGGUACCCUACGGGAGCUUCUCAAGACGGCGGAAUCCUCGACCUUACCCGUGCCCGGGGGCUCGUCUGGAACCGCGGACCAUAAAGGCAAAGGUGUCGAGCAUGUCCUGUGAAGGUAGACCGAGAGAAACAAAUGCCAUAUGUAUAUUGAUCGGGCAGGAGUUAAAAAAGGGAAUGUUGGAAAUUUAAUCAAAGUGGUCUUUAUAUCCUA